AGCAAGCCAGGCCAGAGGAAAGAGGGACCACUCCAUCCAGAUGACAACGUGUGCAGAAGUAACACAAGAGCCAACGACAUCUCUAACUAAGGAGAUUCCCAGCAAGGACGUGCAGCUUACUCAAAAGAUUCCCUACGGGCUCUGAGGUCCUCUGCUGUGUAGUGGGUUAGUCUGUAUCUGCUGAUAGUUGCAGAGCUGGAAGGGCAGGCAGUUGGCUGCUGAACAUUGCCAUGGCUCCUGAGGAAUUCCCAGCCAAACCACCUCCUGAUGAUGUUAUUUACUUGAACCAAAGUCUUCUUACAAAAGUCCCUGCCAAGUACUGGUGGAUAAUGAUUUGUGUCACUGCAGGAGUCCUUACGGUCAUCUUGACAACAUCAGUCCAAACAUACAAUGCACUGCUUGCUGAAGACUGGAGUCCUUACGAUGGGCCUAUGAAAAAACUGAGGACUACUUUGUCAAUUGGGGUUAGGGAUGAAAAGAUCAAGCAUAUUGAGAAUGCCCUAAAGGUCUCAAGGUUAGUAGAGAGACUGCCGCAACUGUACAAGGAGUCUGAAGGUGGCUUUGCUGCAGACAAAAAGAAAUAUCAAGCUCUGUUUAAAAGAGGAUCAAAAACUAAUGAUAACUGGAGGCUUUUUGGCUGGAAUCUCUACUAUAUUUCAAAAGCAAAUGAAAGGAAAACCUGGCAUGAUGCUGAGUACUUCUGCAAGUCCAGAGACUCCCACCUGACCUCCAUCCUGAAUGAGGAAGAACAGAAGUACCUCUCUUCCAAGCUGAAUGAGUCUGCCUGGAUUGGCCUAACAGACGAAAAUGUGGAAGGUCAUUGGGAGUGGACGGAUGGCUCCAGAUUAAUAAGAAAAUACUGGGCCGAGGGCAAUCCCAACAGAUCUGUCAGAGAUGGAGAAGCAGAUGAAGACUGUGCUGCCAUAAAACCCUCAGGAAGUGAUUUGAACUGGAUCGAUGACGAUUGCCAAGAAUUUAGAAGAUGGGUUUGUAAGGAGAGAUUAGUUGCAGGAUCCAAUUAGCUGGAGAGAUUAGUGUC